CGAUGGCCGAAAUGUAUCUGGCUCUGUGGUGGUGCUUGGUGUCCGUGAUUUUGGCAAAUGCUCAGCCCGUGUGUGACAACGGAGCUUCGGGAUGUCAGUGCAGAAGGUACAGCGAUGAAAUCACAGGACUUGCGAAAAUAGUCGCUAAAUGCUCAGGUUUGAACUUGAUCCAAUUCCCAGAUAUAACAAAAUUCACGGAAGAUGUGAACGUGUUAGACCUAAAUCUAAAUAAUAUCGAAAUUCUGGACACUCCGAUAUCGAGCGAGAGUGUAACCAGAAUAAUCCUGAGCCACAACAGAAUAAAUUUUGUCGACGUCAACUUUUUCAAAAGUCUGCCGGAACUACGUCUCCUGGAUUUAAGCUACAACAACAUCACCAGCUUGGAGGGCGGCGACAUAUUUUCCACUUUGACCAACCUGUACUAUUUGAAUUUGGCUUACAAUAAUUUAAAGGUGUUACCGGAUGGUAUAUUUGAACCGUUGCACGCUCUAACCCAUCUGGACCUGAGCAACAACCCCUUGGGUCCGUUUUUGAUGAACUCAAAGGACGUAUUGGCAGAAACUUUGGCCAUAAAUUCGAACAUCACACAUUUGGCUUUAAAUAACGUGGAAGUCAGCGAUUUGCAUCCCGAUUAUUUCAGCAUUUUCAUCCGCCUUGAGUACUUGGACAUGGCUGAUAAUGAGUUCAACCUAAUCCCUUUGGUGCCGUACUCCGUAGAACACCUAGAUUUAUCAGGGAACAAUCUCACUUUCCUAUCGGCAAAAUACCUCAACUAUCAUUCCCUCAAAUACUUGAAACUAAGCAGAAUGCCCAGCUUAACCAACGUUCAUCAUUACGCCUUUUACAAUCUGCAGUCGCUAGAAAGCCUGAUCAUCACGGACUGUACAAAUUUGAAGAAUUUUACUGAGCUGGCGUUUGGAAUACCCUCCAAGACGUUGUCGGCAUUCCCCAAAUACUUGUCUCUAGCUAGGAAUGGGUUAACAUCCAUCAACGAGUCCUACAAAUAUUUGUUUAGGAAAAUGGACCAUAUCGAUUUGAGGUACAACCCCUGGAAAUGCAAUUGUGACCUCCUUUGGCUACAGGAAUUCGAUGGCGAGCUCCUCCAAAGUAGCGAAAUAAGAUGCAGUUCGCCAAAAGUAUUAAGACACCGAAGCGUCAUGGAUCUCAAUCAACUGGAUUUGCAGCAGUGCUAUCCAGAAAUUUACGGAAAACCAUCGCACCGCAUUCUCAUCGUGGUCUUGAUGGCGGUUAUUAUAUUGCUGAUAGGGUUCAUUUUCUACCUCGUGAAAUACCCUAAAACUUGGCUGAAACCGAAUCGCAUUGGCAUCAGCCCUUACUCCCCUUACAACCCUGCUCCGUUAGAAGAACCCAAUAGGCAUUAGACUGUUUGCCCAUGUUAGUGAACGUCUAUAUACUGUGAUGCUUAGCUUUUAAGUGAAAUUUUUAUA